GGGAAAGAGGAGGGUGAGGGGUACCCACAAAGAUGUUGCGUGAUUUUUUGGACAUUUAUUUAUUUAAAUAAAAAUGGCCGCCGCAGAGAGCGGAGAGGAGAGACUCAGAGGUGAGGACAAGAAUGAAGAUCUGGAGGCCUCAAAGGACAAGACACAGAAAAAGAAGAAAAACAAGAAAGAACGUCAGAAUGUGGAGAAACUGGAGGCCACUGUCUCUGUUCCUCCACCCGCAACUCCUUCCACAGCAGGGGAUGACGGACAACAGGCAGAGGCAGGAAAAUCCGAACCCACUGCCCCUGAAGCUGGAGCUGGUCUCAGCGCUCUGGAAUCUUCCAAGCCGCGUCGUUCCAUCAUUCGUGACCGAGGCCCCCUGUACGACGACCCUUCACUGCCUCAAGGUUGGGCUCGCAAGCUGAAACAGCGCAAGUCAGGCCGAUCUGCCGGCAAAUUUGAUGUCUACCUUAUCAACCCAGAAGGGAAAGCCUUCCGCUCCAAAGUGGAGCUCAUGGCAUACUUCCAAAAGGUGGGUGAUACCACCACGGACCCCAAUGACUUUGACUUUACGGUCACGGGCCGAGGGAGCCCCUCUCGCAGAGAAAAGAGGCCACCAAAGAAGCUUAAAGUGGCAAAACCCACCGGUCGUGGGAGGGGCCGGCCAAAAGGCAGCGGCAAGGUACGGCCUACCACGGAAGGGGUGGCUGUAAAGCGAGUUGUAGAAAAGAGUCCAGGGAAACUCCUUGUAAAGAUGCCAUUUGUGACCCCUAAAACUGAAACAGGGGCUCCCUUGGGGCAAGCGCCAAAGGUUGCCAAAGUGCGCCGAGGGCGCAAGAGGAAAUCGGAACAGGAACCACCGAGUACCCCCAAAAAACGUGGCCGCAAGCCAGCAGCUACAUCUCAGUCGGCAGCGGGGGCAGGCUCUAGUGUAGCUUAUGCCGCUGCCGCCAUUCUCAGUGCCGAAGCCAAGAAAAAAGCUCAGAAGGAGUCUUCCACAAAACCUGUACAAGAGAGGGCGCUUCCUAUCAAGAAGCGCAAAACACGAGAGACUAUGGAGGAGCUGGAGGGAUCCACCACCUCUACAACGGAGACGUCUUCACUAAUUAGUACAACAGGGGUAGCAAAACGACUGACAGCAUCAACUGUGACCCCUACAGGGGAGGAGAUAGAAACAGGACAGAGGCUUCACAAGCAUCUGGGUCGCAAACACAAAGAGGCAUUUGUGGAUCCAGGAAACGGGAGUAGCGGCAGUGGAACAAGCGGUGGUGUAACAAAGAGCCACAAGAAGAAAGAUCAACGUGGGCAGCACUUGAAGCACCACCACCACCAUCAUCACCACCACCAACAUCAUCCGCAGGCGAUGCCUGCCUCGACCUUCACUCCGCAGGCUCACCAGCUCUCCCUGGGUCACUCUACGCAAGGAGGUCCACCUGUCUCCGUGGAAAACGAACCCCAGGACUUGAGCACCACAAGGCCCAAACUUGAGCACGUGGCCUGCAGGGAGGAGGCCAGAACUGACAAUUCCUCUAGCAAGGACGCACAGAAUGCAAGCAAGAUGGCUUCCGCUGACCUGAGAGGGGACGGCAAGGAGCUGAGAGUCAUUGUCCCGCCCUCCGCCGUUCCGAGGCCGAGUCGAGAGGAAACGGUUGAGUCGCGGACACCAGUGAGCGAACCCGUGAGCUGACUGACUAACUGACCAAUCAGCAACUGCUUUGUGUGCAAAGGAAGUUUAGGCUAUUGCAGCGAGACGAGGGAUUUUUGUUCAUUUUUUACAGAGGAAAACAAAAGAAAAAGGAAACAAAAAUAUACAAAAAUGUAAAGUACUUAAACAAAAGGCAGCUGUUGUGUCUCGUUCUCUCUGUGGGUUGGACGUGUGGCGAUUAAUUAUCUCUGAUGUAUUGCUUCCGGAUGAAUCCUCUGCAAACCUUUUCCUUUAUCCUUUUCCUUUUUCUCACUUUAUAUCUUUUAUUAGUAUAUCUUAGCACUCACCUAAACCUGUUAUUUCUUUGUCAAAGCUUGUAGGAAAUAGAAACACACUCAAGUGGUAAUGGUUGCAUAAGUCACACGCCAUAGUUGUCGUGAAGCAAAAGUCUCAAUAUUACUAAAAUGACUUGUAGUCAUGUCAUCUCAACCCUAGGGACAAAACGUUUCAUAUCAAUGUUUUCCUUUUGUGUCAUUGAGAUCCAGUGGGCUUCACAGAAUAUGCUAAGCAAGCAGGCAAGCUGAUGAAAAGGGCCACAUUUCCGAGCUCCACCUUUCCAUUUGAGUCGGACACAGCUGUUGCAGCAUCCCCAUGUUAGCUUCACUUAACUUCGACAGAAAAGAACUUCCUAGUUGUGGGUUCGUGCCAAGAUGAAUUUGUCUGCCUGUUGACCUGUGAUGAUUUAUUUAAAUUGGAAUUACAAUUUUCUUCAUUGUCUCUUUUUUUGUGCACAGAUGUAGAGUGAAAUUCCUUAAGAGUAUACUUAGUUUUUCCUCUUGCAAUUCCAUCUUGCACACGGUUAAGCGCCAGGACUUUCAAAGUAUAGCCUUAUGACCGCAAACCCAUACGGACGUGUUGGAUGCAUGCGCACUAUGACUGCUUUAUGAUAGUCUUUUUAAGCACAGUCAAUGCCAGGCGCAUUCGCCAAUGACACGCAAUGACGUAGACUCUCCGCUUGUUUAGAAAAACUAGGCUGCGUGCGUACAGUCCACGCAUACUUUACGCUGAUGACGAAAUUUGAGUCACGCGCACUGCUCACAAGAAAACCAAAGUAUACUUUGACUUUUAAUUAUUAGUUGAUUAAUUAACAUAAUCGCCUGUUUCAGAAGUGUCCGAGAAAAUACAACUAGAGCAGAAAGAUGUAUUUUUUCAUUGUUCUGUUGGGAAUGCUAAAGCACAAAUGUAUUUGUUAGGGAAUAUUGAAAGCACAGUCCAAAGUAGAGUCAGGAGUAGAUAUUAUCUCGCUUAAAUGAAUAAGAAAAAUGGAAUGAAUUUGUUGUUUACCUGCUUUUGUCCUUGAAGUACAAUUUAAAUAGUGGCCUUGUGUUAUAGUAACACAAAUCGCUAACAAAGAAAGCAUACAGUUUCAAAUGGAGCGUUUCAUUUUAUUGUGUGUGGUUAUAGAUUAAUCCCUUAGAGCAAAGGAAAGUUAAUAGAUGGCUAUAUUAAUAUAACGUCUUGUCAGGCUGUAGUUUUGUCUAAUGCAUGGGUUGCUAAUGUUUGUGUGUUUUAGGUCUACACUCAAUAGCUAUUUACUACAGUACUCUUCAUUGUCUUUCCUGUACAUAAAAGGUUUUAAAACCUUGUACAGCACUUAUGGCUUACAAUGGGGGUGAAAUGUUUUAGAAACAUAAAAAUGAUGAACAAACAUUUUUGGCAAAAUGGAAAGAAAUUAACUUAAUUCUACAUGCUUUACGUUUCAUACCACCUUGCUAUCAUAUUUAUUUAGAAAUGUAUCUUUUCCCAAUCUAAUGCCAACUGGUUAUCUUUCUCUUAAUAAAUGCUGAUAUACUGUACUAUUCAGCAGAAAUAAAACAGUCGUUUGUGAACAGUCGUUAAAGAUUGGACAAUGGAUGUCUCAGUAAUUACAUUUCGAAGAUAUAUAUUUGAUUGUACAUUUGGGAUGAAACAUAAUCCUAAAAAAAUUAUGAACCAAACUGAGGAAGUUCUUCUUUGUGGAUUGUAUAAAACAGUGUUUAGGAUUUUGCAUAAACUUUACUGCACUUUUUUCUGUUUUAUUUGUAUUUUUCUAAAUGAAAUGCACCUUACUUUUAAAAACAUUUGACUAAAUUACAAAUGAAAUCACAUGAAAUUGCGAGAGGCCCACCCACAUUUUUGCAGAUAUGUUUCUGGUUAGCCUUGCACAUACUCCUGUUUCAUGUCGGGAGGUUGUAACGUUCUGGAGAAGUUAGUAUAGAAUGCAUGUUUAAAGUAAUUUUGUUUGAAUUUAGCAUUUUCUUUUAAAAUACACCAAAUAUAUCAAAUGAUACGUGGUACAUGCACAUGAUUUGAAAUUCUCAAGCCUAUAGUUCACCUACAGUAUCUGAUAUCAAAUAUUUAUGACCAGUAAUAAGGUAACAAAGGCACUAAAGUCAUUUAAUGAUGCUUGACUAUUACCAUACAAAUUCUCCUAACUCUAGAACAUUAAAGAAGGAAAAGGAGAUGUUUAAUGUCCUCCUAUUACAUGAAAGACAA